GACACUUCACAACCACCAUCACCAUGAAGGUCCUCAUCUUGUGCACACUGGUGGCCGCGGCUGCUGCCUGGCCAAGCUUCAGCUACCAGAACGACGCCUCCGGUGACAGUACAGCCAAGAGACAACAAGAUGUCAACCAUCUGCUGGAUAGAAUUUACGACCAUCUUCAUUAUUCCGACCUGAAGCAAAUCUCCGACACCUUUAGCCCUGAGGCUGACACUUCCAUGUAUACAGAUGGUGGCGCAGCCGCACAUCAUCUUAUGGAAGAGCUCAAUGAUCACAGAUUGUUGGAGCAGCAUCAUUGGUUCUCUCUUUUUAACCCACGCCAGCGUGAAGAAGCUCUCAUGCUUUUUGAUGUCCUGAUGCACUGCAAGUCUUGGGAGUGCUUUGUUGACAAUGCCGCCUUCUUCCGUGAACGUAUGAAUGAAGGGGAAUUCGCCUACGCACUCUAUACAGCAGUUAUCCACUCUGAGUUGGGACAAGGGAUUGCAUUACCUCCACUCUAUGAAAUCACUCCCCAUAUGUUCACCAACAGCGAAAUCAUCCACAAGGCUUACACUGCCAAGAUGACCCAGACACCAGGCAGGUUUGAGAUGAAAUUCACAGGGACGAAAAAGAACAAGGAACAAAGAGUGGCCUACUUCGGUGAGGACAUUGGCCUCAAUAUUCACCACGUUACUUGGCAUAUGGACUUCCCCUUCUGGUGGAAGGACUCCUAUGGCUACCAUCUUGAUCGCAAGGGCGAGCUAUUCUUCUGGGCCCAUCAUCAACUCACUGUACGCUUUGACGCUGAGCGCCUCUCUAACUGGCUAGACCCAGUUGACGAGCUACACUGGGAGCGUACUAUUCAUGAAGGUUUUGCACCACAUACCAGCUACAAGUAUGGUGGUGAGUUCCCUGCACGUCCUGACAACGUUCACUUUGAGGAUGUGGACGGUGUAGCUCAUGUGCGUGACAUGAUUAUCAUCGAGAGUCGCAUUCGUGACGCCAUUGCUCACGGUUACGUGACCGAUAGGGAUGGUCACCACAUCAACAUCAGGAACGAUCACGGUAUUGACGUCCUCGGGGACAUCAUCGAAUCAUCCGUGUACAGCCCCAACGCCCAGUAUUAUGGUGCACUGCACAACACAGCUCACAUAAUGCUUGGCCGACAAGGUGAUCCCCAUGGCAAGUUCAACAUGCCUCCCGGUGUGAUGGAACACUUUGAGACUGCCACCCGCGACCCAAGCUUCUUCCGACUUCACAAAUACAUGGAUAACAUCUUUAAGGAACACAAGGACUCUCUUCCUCCUUACACCAAAUCUGACAUUGAGUUCCCUGGUGUGGCGGUUGACAAAAUUGAAAUUAUUGGGCAACUAAAGACAUUCUUUGAUGAAUUUGAAUUCAGUCUCGGCAAUGCUGUGGAUGAAUCUAAGGAUGUUCAAGAUGUGGCCAUUAGCGCCUAUGUUCACCGUCUCAACCAUGAAGAAUUUACUUACAAAAUUCAGGUCAUAAACAACAAUGAUAAUGGCGUGCUGGCCACUGUCCGCAUCUUCUUAUGUCCAUCACAGGACAGUAACGGCAUCGAUAUUCAUUUGUCGGAAGGACACUGGUCCUGCAUUGAGAUGGACAAGUUCUACAAAAAAUUAAACACUGGAUUAAACGAUAUCGAACGCAAGUCUACCGAGUCUACGGUGACUGUUCCUGAUUACUUGAGCUUAGCCGAACUUCAGGAAAGGACUGACCAGGCCGUAGCCAGCGGCAGCGAGCUUGAUCUGCACGAGUACGAGCGAUCAUGUGGCCUUCCUGCCAGAUUGCUCCUGCCUAAGGGAAAAGUCAACGGUAUGGACUUCGACCUGUUCGUGGCUGUGACCAACGGUGAUGAGGAUAAAGUCACAGACCAUCCCGAGACUGACGAACACGGCGGCACCCACGCUCAAUGUGGCUCCCAUGGUGAAAAAUAUCCAGACAAGAAGCCCAUGGGCUACCCAUUAGAACGCAGCAUUCCCGAUGAACGAGUCUUCCAUGAUGUUGCUAAUAUUAAAGUCGCCCAUGUGAAGGUAUUCUUUGACGAAAAUCAUUAAAUAAUUUGAAAAAAAUAAUAUUACAAUGUCAAAAUUAUGAUGUAAACCUAUUUAUGUUGUUUUAAAUUUAAAGUUAUUUGAACAUAUUAUGAUUGUUCGCCAUUAGCUAUCAUUAUUUGCUGUAAGGAGGUUAUCUGUUAUGCCAUUGGAAAGAUAAUUUUUAACUUCAUUGAAAGUGAUGUUUAAGAGAAUUACUUCAUCAUAGAAAUAGUCUUCAAAAAUAUUAAAAAUAUACCAAA